CCACCAAUUUAUAGAUAGAAAGAGGGAGAGCGCACCAAGACAGCGGAGACGGAGAACCCCCGCCCUCUCCGCCCUCCGCUCUCCACCGUCCAAAAUAAGAACGAGAGAGAGGAGGGAAACAUUGGGAAACAAAAGGGGGCUGGCGGCAAUGGAGACGCCACUUCUAUCGAACGGCGAGGGACGGAUGAAGACGGGAGGAGCAUUAAUGGUGGUGGUGGCGGCGGAGGCAGCGGACGGCACGAAAGACGAGGAGCUCGGGACGGCGGGGGAUGCGGCGGCCGCAGAUGUGCCGGACCUCCCGCCAGUGAGGAAUUUGGGCGACGCGUGGGUCGUGUUCGUCGGGGAGUCGAAGCGGCUGUGGCUGAUCGCAUUGCCGAUCGGGUUGAGCGUGGUCUGUCUCUAUGGGAUGAAUUCCACCACCCAGAUCUUCGUCGGCCACCUCGGCAACCUCCAGCUCUCCGCCGUCGCCAUUGGCCUCUCCGUCAUCUCUAACUUCUCUUUCGGUUUUCUCCUUGGCAUGGGGAGCGCACUAGAGACGCUAUGUGGGCAGGCCUUUGGUGCUGGCCAGGUUGAAAUGCUCGGCGUCUACUUGCAGCGGUCGUGGAUCAUCCUCACUGCCACUUCAUUCCUUCUGUGCCCACUCUACAUCUUCUCAACCCCCAUCCUCAAGCUUAUUGGCCAGGAAGACGAAAUCGCCGAGCUUGCCGGCAAAUUCACUGUCAGCAUCAUCCCUGAGAUGUUUGCAUUGGCCAUCAACUUUCCGACCCAGAAGUUUCUUCAAGCUCAGAGCAAGGUUGCGGUACUAGCUUGGAUCGGCAUUGUGUCUCUCUUAAUUCAUAUCGUUUUGCUGGCCCUCUUCAUCUCAGUCUUCAAAUGGGGCAUGGGUGGCGCCGCUGCGGCCUUCAACAUCUCGUCUUGGAUAGUCUCCAUAGCUCAGGUCAUAUAUGUUGUAGGCUGGUGCAAGGAUGGGUGGACCGGGCUAUCAUGGUCUGCCUUCAAGGAUAUAUGGGCGUUUGUGAGGCUGUCACUUGCUUCUGCUGUGAUGAUAUGCCUUGAAAUUUGGUACAUGAUGGUUCUUGUGGUGCUCACCGGUCACCUCGACAAUGCUGAGAUCGCCGUUGGGUCCAUUUCUAUCUGCAUGAACAUAAAUGGUUGGGAAGGCAUGGUUUUCAUAGGACUUAAUGCUGCUAUAAGUGUUCGGGUCUCCAAUGAGCUUGGCUCUGGUCGCCCCAGAGCCACCAAAUAUGCUGUCAUUGUGGUGAUCGUCGAAUCUCUCAUGAUUGGAAUCCUUGCUAUGAUCACUAUUCUAGUGACACGGAAUUCUUUCAGCGUUAUAUUUACUGAAGAUAAAGAUUUACAACGAGCUGUUGCUGGUAUAGCAUACCUUCUCGGCAUCACUAUGGUGCUUAAUAGCGUCCAGCCGGUGGUAUCAGGGGUUGCUGUUGGAGGUGGCUGGCAAGCUCUGGUGGCUUAUAUUAAUUUGGGUUGCUACUAUAUUUUUGGGCUUCCGUUAGGGUUCCUUCUAGGUUAUCUGUUCCACCAGGGAGUGGAGGGAAUUUGGGUUGGCAUGAUUUGUGGAACCGCAGCUCAGACAUUGAUUUUAUUGUUAAUAGUUUGGAAAACCGAUUGGAAGGCCGAGGCAGCACAAGCUUCGGAACGCGUGCGGUUGUGGGGUGGACAAGAUGAACCUGAAAAGUUACAAACAUGAGACGUAGCUAAUUUAGUUUUAAUUUUUGAGAUUUUAGACAUCGUUGAGCAUAUCUAGAUCUGUAGUUUUUUUCCCAUUCUACUUUUUGGUGGCUAACUAGUUUGAUAGGAUAUAUAAGCUCUCUAAACAGGUAAAAAGAGGAUAUACGAGCUCUCUCCCCCCCCUUGUCUCCACAGUAGAAAGGAUGUAAUGUCAUCUACUUGUGGUUGUAAUUGUAUUAAUCAUUUGCAAAAUGCAAAAAGGUACCUAGCAUGAAAGUUAAUA